UCACACACUAUUCAAUGAAUCUAAUUAGUAUCACUUUUAAGAAUAAAGAUUCCCAAUUUUUGUUUGUUUCAGUAUUCAUACCAUGAAUUUGUGACUAAUUAAGACUAUUGAAUUUUAUUUUUUUAACAAAUCUUUAGUAUAUAAAAAAAAAAACUACUUAAGUAACCUGUAACCCUAACUACUUAAAAGCAAAUUUGUUUUGAGAAAUGGUUUAUGAGUCUUGAUGACGGAGAUACAGUCAUAAUCUCGUUUAUAUUCUUGCGUGUGGAUGUAAUUCUUUACCUACGUGGUAAACACACCAUUUUAAAAGCAUUCAUAUACACUUAACACACAUCACAUAUCUGGUAAUAUUAGUUUGCAAUUUUCGAACACAUAUUCUAUAUCAGAUUUGACACUAUCAAAAUAAAUAAUCGUUAUGCUACAAUAUAUCCACUGACAAUUGAACUAGCAUUUUACAAAUAAACUUCUUAAUUUUGAUCUAUAUUACUAUUCAAACCAUUAAAUGUUACUACCAAAUAAAAGUUAAGGACUAUUAGUCUUCCUAGAAUACUCUUCAUUAAAUUACAUUACUUUAUACUAACUAGAAAAUGCCUACAAAAAAAAAAAAAAAAACUAGAAAAUUAACCCUAAUUACUACUUUGCUUUAAAAGCUAGUUCAUGAAUGUUAGAUAGUCACAAUCACCUUUUUUAAUCUUGUUGUUCACACACUAACUAUUGUUUGCGUAUACGAAUGACCUAAACACGGUUUUAAAAAGUACUUUCACAAUAUGCAAACAGACACAACACACCUAUAUAAAUAGGCAAAGACUCAAUAUCACUUCUCAUCUCAUUUCAUAUCUCAAAACACGAUCCUAAAUCAGACAGAGACAAUGGCCCAACGUCCUAACCUGUUAUCUCAUUUCCAAAAUCUCGUCGUAGAAUCUCAAAACAGGGCAAUGGCACAAGAUAAGUACAAGUUUGUUUUCACUGCCAACGAAGCAGCAUCGGAAGGUGUCACCGAACCCAUCAGACUUCCAAAGCUCAUCAGAAAGGCGAUGUCAUUGGCUAGGGGUCAAAUCUCCAAAUACAAAAUCGGAGCGGUUGGACGCGCAUCAUCGGGUCGGGUCUACUUAGGAGUCAAUGUCGACUUCCCAGGUCUUCCUCUUCACCACUCCAUCCACCCCGAGCAAUUCCUCGUAACCAACCUCGCCCUUAACUUCGAGAAAGGCCUCCGUCAGUUAGCUGUCGCCAUCUCUAAUGACUGCAUCGAAUUCGGCGCGCCGUGCGGAAACUGCCGCCAGUUUCUUAUGGAGACCAGCAACGAGGUUGACAUCAAAAUCCUGCUCAAAUCAAAGCAUGAAGCAGAAGGAUCAUUCGGGAAACUUAAACUCCUCCUUCCGUACAGAUUCUCCCCCGACGACGUCCUUCCAAAGGGUUCCCCUCUCCUUCUCGAGAAGCGCGAUAACUGUCUCAUCCUCUCGCGUUCUGCCGGAGAGAUAUGCUCGUCAGAUUGUUCCCAUUUGAAGUGCAAGGCUCUAGCCGCGGCAAACAAUUCUUUCUCGCCGUACACUGACUCUCCCUCGGGAGUGGCGCUGCGGGAUGAGGACGGGAUCUUGUACCGUGGAUGGUACAUUGAAUCAGUGGCGUAUAGCCCAAGUUUGGGACCGGUACAAGCUGCGCUGGUUGAUUUCGUGGCUCGUAGCCGAGGCAAAGGGUUCGAUAAGAUCGUUGAAGCGGUGCUGGUGGAAAAGAAUAAUGCGAGGGUGAGUCAAGAGGGCAUGGCGAAGAUGAUUUUAGACACUAUAGCAGCUCCGAACUGCGAUUUCAAGGUCUUCCAUUGCGACGUGGAUUUCCAAAAAAGUAUAUUAGUGAAUAGUGAUAGAUAAAAAAAACGAUACUAUUAGCAAGGAAAAUAAUAGCCAGUAGGGGAUUACACUGGUCUUCGUUAUUAAACUAUUUUAUUAUCCUAUCAGAAUUAUUAUGAUUUGUUGUCUUCUUGGUUGGGUUCGUUAAACCUUUUGAUAAUGUCACAGAAUCAUAAUUA